GUUACCUUCUCUCUCUCAAAUUUUAUUCUUGAUUUUGAAGCCCGCAUUAAAAGAUUUAAAGUUGAAGGUAUUAUUUUCUUCACUCUUCCUUUCUUUCUUUUCUUUUUGUAUAAACUAGUUCAAGACCAAACAAUAGUAUUCAACAGGUUGAAAAAUGGACAAAAAGACGAGAAAUACACCUGAUAGUGAUCCACCCCCUUCAUAUGAUGAAUCCUCUGACCAACCUUAUAAUCCAAGAUUCUCACCACAACCACCUCAACAACCAGCAAACUCAGUAGGAUCUUCACCAACUGGAUUAUAUCCCUCUACAGAACAACAACAACAACAACAACAACAACAACAAAAGCAACAACAGCGUCAACAACAACGGCAACAGCAACAACAACAACAAAGACAACAAUAUGGCAGUUCGCCUCGACAUCAUACUAUUGUCAUUACUACGACAUCAGCUACACCUUCGUUUGGCCCAGAAGAACAUAUUGCUCUAUUGAAUCGUAACUUGGCUCGCGAACGACAAUUUCCUUUGGCUGCUCUUUUUUUCUUAUUCGGAUGGUUUUGUCCACCUAUUUGGUUUUUAGGAGCUUGUUGUUGUGUGGGAAGUUGGAAUCAAUAUGAAAACUGGUGGGGAAAACUCAAUUUAAUCAUGGCCUUGGCGACUAUUGUUACAUCUAUCAUAUAUAGUAUGAUCGUCUUAACUACAGGUCAUUGGGUAUUCUUCUCGUAAUUCUUAGUUAGUUUUAUCUAUUACUCUUAGUAUUAUUACCACUUUUAUAUAUUAUUAUUAAAUAAUAAAUUCUUACAUACCUAAUCUU